AGUGGCAGAAGGUUGUGUUAGCCGCGGCGCUCCCUCCCUGGCGCAUGCACCCUGUUCCCGCUGCUUUACUCGCCACGCCAUUCACUUGUGCCCCGGGACGGCUCGCGACCACCUGCUGAAUUUGCCGACUCUGAUUACCUUUAAACCAGUGUCUUCAGGGUGUUACAUACGGUGGUCAUUAUAGAAGCUAUGAAGAUGUAUUGUUAUCGUGUCUCUGAAGGAUUUAACUGGGACACAAACUUCGUUAAGAGUAAGAGAAAAAUUAUAUUCACGAUUAAUACCUCGUGUCUCAAGGGCAUCCUACAAUGAAGAAUAAGUGGGAAAUAUUUGGAAUUUGUGUGAGUGGUACUUCUUCCUCGCUUGCAACAUGUCGGUGAAUCUCAAACGUAAAUGACCCUUCAACCAGUCCUUUUUCCUUCAGCAAUACUGAUGACUUCCUCACCUUCUCUUACUCCUCACUUUUUAGCAAUGAUCAGGUCCCCCGGACUCUUCUUAUUGCUCGUGGUGGUGACUGUGUGCACCAUAGAGUGUGUCCUCUCCCACAGUAGCGCCACGGAGGCUGGUUCCCAUCCUAGGAUGCAACACGUGCCCGAGGACCCCUCUCCCUCCGUUACCAACGCCUCCUCCCUAACACAAGAGGACGAAUCAGACUCCCGUCAACACUAUCAGUCCUCUACUAACAUUUACCAUGAUGAAUACAACUUCUAUGAUACCAAUCCUUUUACAAAAUAUUCAAUGAUCCCCGAUCCUGCUGCCCCGCCAGGUGAAGACGGUGUAGUGGUACAUGUCGAUGAACCUACAGACGAUUUAUCUCCUGAAAAACAUAACUUAUCUGAUGCAGGGGUCCUUGACUUGUUGGCUGUUAACAAGAGUGGCAAAGAAAACUCGGUGAACAAUAAUUCUAGUGCUGAACCAUUUCGGGACUCAGAGAAUGAAAUUUUAUCCAAUUUGCUAAACACUGUGAGAAUUAGUUCAAGUAAAGAUGCAACACUUAAUAUAACUAUAAACCGCAUCACAAACGAAAGUUCAGGAACAAGUAAAUCCGUAGAUGAUAAUUUGCGAGGAAACCAAAGAACUGGUGAAUUGCUGCAUCAUGAUCGUCAAGAAAAUAAAAUAUCAAGUGUAAUUACAGAACAAUACCCUGAACAGUACACGGGGCAACCUCAAUUGUCUCUCAGUGAAGAACGAGAAAACAAUAAAACAGACGAUUUUAUACACGCGAACACAAACAUACUCCACAUGCUUGGCAACCCAGGUGUUGGUGGCUUACCACAGCUGCUAGGUCCCGAUUAUGUAGACAGAGUGUCACACGUGGAUGAAGUGCCACGCGUGGGUGGGAGGAUGCCCGUGGAUGAUAGGAUGCAGGGGAACGGCCCUCCUGAGGCUGGCCCUGAAGACUACAACUCUCCCGACGGUGUAGCACCUAGACGAGACGAUAGUGAAAACAUUAAUUUCAGUCACUAUACUGGUUAUCAAAAUUACGGUGACAUUGAUCACGAUUUCAUCGACACAGAUAAUUUACAACCUAGUGACCAUAAUACUGGCUACGACCUCUACCACUCUGCUGGUCAACACGGUGACAGUGAUCACGACACUAUCGGCCCGGAUCUAUUACAUACAAUUGAACCGUCUUAUUUCGACUUCAGCUUCUACCAUUCUGCCAUGGAUCACGAAAACGAAUAUAUUUUCCCCUGUGAACCAGAAAAAUGUUUGUGUUUUGUGUUUCAGAACCUCCCUGACACAUUCGAGAGUGAUUACCAGGGUCAGGCUGACGUCAGUGUCCCUAAACCAAAUUUCAUUAAUGUUCCAAGUGAGGAGGGUGAUGUUGAUCUUACUUACUACAGUAGUGAUCCAAUGUACGACAGACGAGGUGUUCAAAGUCCGGAGAAUGUGGCCGAUAUUCACAUGGCGUCAGGGAUUGACUCUGACUUAUUAUCAGGGGAGAACGUGUCCCUUGUGUUAGGUGAGCAAGAUCAGGGUCACGCUGGAUAUGAAGUGUUAUGUAAUGCUUCCUUUACUGUGAGGAAUCUCUCCAUGAUCGCACAAGACAACUGCAAGAGACAAACUACAAGACUGGAGGUGCGGCACCAGCUGGAGUUGUGCCGAGUAACCAGGCUGGACUUCCAGAACUUCGAGGAACUGAGUUAUCUGUCCAUCACCCACUCAGCUCUCAGGGAGGUGGAGGACGGCGCCUUCGGGUACCUGCCGAAACUACACACAUUAGACCUGAGCGACAACCAUCUCCUAACACUGUCUUGGCGUAUCCUGUGGCCCGCCUCUCUCCUCAGAGACUCACUGCGUCACAUCAACACAUCAGGCAACCCUCUGGCGCCGGACGACUGCAAGAACGUGUGGCUGCAGACCUGGUGGCAGCAACAGAUUUGUCAGACGCAGAAGACGCGGCCCGAGAAGACAUGGCGAGAGGAGAGCACUAACACAGGUGGACAGGGGGAGGCAGAAGCAGUGGCGGGGGGUUCUUCGAAGAGGGAGACUGAGCGUGGAGAGGCAGCUGGGAGAGAUAACUUAUUAGAUAUGUUUGCCAACUCGACGACCAACUCCACCACAGACGACUGCUCGCCACCCGGCACCACCACCACCUCCACCUGUUAUUUGUGUCCGGCGAGGCUGACGGUGGCGGUGAAGGCGGCAGCCAUAGGCGAAAAGGACUCACCUUCUUGCAGGAAGUUUGUGGCCGAGUGUUCUGCUAGAGGCCGACCUCUCCCUCGGAUUGAGUGGGGCGUCCCUGGGGUACUGGUGCUGGUGGAGAGACACGAUAGAAACUCCUCUGACAACACCACCGUCACCUCCACCAUCACCCUCGCCUACAACAUCACCGGAGUCACCUACCCCUCCCAUAUCUCACCUCAGACUCUCGUUUGCUCCGCCCAGAACGACAGAUUUAUCAGCGUGGAGGAAAGAGAUCUAAAUAUAGAACGCGAUGUGGUGCUCAAACCAACCAUCUGCUGGACACAGUUUGAUAAUAACCACAGAGAGAAAGUCAACUUCAAGGCCCAAGCAACGCCCUCCUUCACGCUCAGUUGGUGGUUCCUCCCGUGCAAGCCCUACAACGGGAGGACAUUCUCUGGCAACCAAUUGAUUUACUACGUGCGUGGCAAUAACUACACAUCCUACAUCGAAGGUGAUCUGGUGUUCCCCAAUACGAUGGGUGGAGCCAAGAGUGGCAAAUACGAGCUCAAGAUCAGCAACUCCUUCGGUGAGGAUAGCGUCACCCAUCUCCUGUCCCGACGCCCUUACCCGAAACAUUGCGAUCCCGAACCCGGCUUCCAGAUCUACCCUGAGCAGAGCUGGUCACCCCUAAUUCCAACCAUUAUCACCCCGACACCUACUACUCCUCCCCCGACCCCCUGCCUUCCCCUAACCACUUCCACUACCACCACCACAACUACUACCACUACUACCACCACCACUAUCACCACCGCCACCACUGAGUUGCCGGAAACAACGAUGACGAUGGGUCCUCCUCCUCCUCCUUCGCUGUCAAUCAUGCUUACGGUUGGCGCCUGCGUGUUGGUGAUAGUGAUUGGUGCGACGCUUCUGCUGCUGCGUAAACUCCGUCGGUCACGUGAUGGACCCCACAUGAGCUCUGACCCCUGUCCAGACUCACCUUUCCAAAUCACCUUCAUUGGGUGCCUGUGCAGGGAUGAGGACUGUCAGAAGAAGAGCGACGGCCUACAGCUACAGGAGUUGAUGCCCCUCAGUGCUGACCGGCUGGUGGAGAACCCGGAGUAUAUGGGCAAUGGCAAGCUGUCUCCGUCCAGGCCACAGGCUCCAGUUAUCCCUCGGGAUCAGGUGAAGUUCGUGUCGGAGUUGGGUGAAGGAGCAUUUGGUCGGGUCUACCUGGGGAUCCUGGACGACGGCUGGGGACGACCAACACAGGUAGCGGUGAAGACACUGAAGAGCGCGGGUCCGGAGGCGAGGCAGGAGCUGGAGAGAGAGGUGGAACUCUUAAACAACCUCAAACACAAGAACAUAGUCAGUUUCUACGGCGUGUGUUACAACUCUGAUCCUCUCCUCAUGGUGUUCGAGUACAUGGAACACGGAGACCUAAACAACUACCUCAGAAGCCACAACGAGGACGUGGUACUGUUGUCCGGAGAGGAAGCUUCCACGGAGCCUCUUUCCGUCAUGGACUGUCUCCAGAUUGCUCUCCAGGUGGCUGCUGGGAUGAAGUACCUCGCCUCACAGCAUUAUGUUCACCGGGAUCUGGCCACGAGAAACUGCCUAGUGGGGGCCAACCUAGUGGUAAAGAUCGGCGACUUCGGCAUGUCCAGAGACGUCUACACCACCGACUACUACCAGUUCGGGGGGAGGACGUUGCUGCCAGUACGGUGGAUGCCCCCAGAGAGUAUACUGUACCGCCGCUUCACGAUCGAGUCUGACAUCUGGAGCUUCGGGGUGGUACUGUGGGAGAUCUUCACCGGCGGCAAGCAACCAUGGUACGGCUACACCAACCAGGAGGUCAUCACGCAGAUCACGGCGGGGCGGAUGCUGUGCUGCCCUGAGAGGUGUCCCCCAGAUAUGUACAGUAUCAUGCUCUUCUGUUGGACCAAGAACCCUCAGGAGCGCCUCACCAUGGCCACCCUCUACGACCGUAUCCGUAGUCUCACCACAGUAGAGCCUCAUGUCCUUGAUUAUGACUGAGACUCCUUCCCUCCUUACCUCACUCCUUCUUUACCUCCCUCCUUCCCUCUCUCUUUACCUCCUACCUUCCAUCCUUCCGUUCUCAUAGUAGAGCCUUACAUUCUCAACAAUAACUAAGACUCCCUUCAUCCUUCCCUCCUCCCCUCUCUCCUUCCCUUCUUCCUUCCCGCCUUCUUCCUUCCCUCCCUCAGCCCCUCCCUUCCUCCUUCCGUCCCCUUCUCCUUACCAACCGUUGACCUCGACUCCCUCCUUCACUUUCAAGAGAACCUGGCAGGUUAGGAGGAGCGCUAAGACUGUGAACACUGAGAAAAUGUUGCAAAUAUUUUAGUACAAGGAUCAUCGUAAUAGUGCAAGUUUUAUGUGAACUGUCAAUGUUGAUGCUGAACUUUUCUGAACAUAGAAAACUGAAAUUCAAAAACAAGAGUAAUGUUUAUAAAGUUCUUCUUGGAGUACUUUAAAGCUGAUAGAUAAAUAGUUUAAGUUUUUAUACUCAGAAAGAAAACGAGUGAAGAGUGUUGAAAGCUGAGUGUUUUCAAGAAAAAUUGUAGCUGAUUGAAUUUUGAGCUUGUUUUGUAACACCAAGAUCAUUUACUUUAAUAUAUUAGUAAGUCUGGUGAUAAUAUUAGCUACCUGGACUUACUGAGGAAGAAAAGACCAACUGGAACGAACAUACAGGACAAAGAACCUUGGCCAUGAGUAUAAAUAAUAGUGAGUGUUAGCGGUGUUUUAUAAGGACCGAGUAGUGUCGUUCUUGUCCAGUAGUUAACAUUUGUUACCUAGAAAAGAUUUGAAGUUAUUACAAAUGUUUGGAUGCUGCUCCGUAGAACACUCUAGCCAUCACUGUGGACGGUGCCAUGACAGCACUGUACAUUGACCAAAGUUACGAGUUACUUGAGUGCAAGAUAUACGACCAAGAAGGUGUUUUCAAUCACUCUUAACUGUUGGGAGAUCUUUAUGGUCCAAUGAACUAACACCAGAUACUUAUCGACGCGGGGUUCGAAUCCCGCCCGUAGUUGCUUCAAGAAAUAUUGCUUUUAUUAAGAUCAUUAACAUCACGCUACUGUGACUUAGAACCGUAACUUGUCUUGUCUUGUAGAGGAUGAGCACAUCUCCCGGCAGUGGCUCACAGUCACACCUCCACCUGUACCUCCACAUGAAGUCUGUCUUCAUGACAACACUUUCUGGGGACUCUUUCCAACCCGUGUUACAUCUGAAACACGACUUCAUUAUUCACUUGACUGAUUUUGUACCUUACUGGAAAAUAUAAGUUUCACAAGUGCUUCCCGACGACGUGUUGUAUCUAGUCUAUUUAUCUUUCAUUCGUGGCAACUGAUAAUGUUAUUCUUCAGGAAGGUUUGGUGUCAAAAUGAGUGGUUUAAGCAUAAACUAAAAGAGAACAAUAUAUUUAUUACAAGAAAUGUGUUAUGUAAAGUAAGGAAUUCUAGACUACAUUUUAUCUGUGUUUCAGACAUCACCUCCAUCCGGUUGUACACAAGGCUGGAGUGUUGACCUGGUGAUGGUAGUAGGGGCGGUUACAGGUCAAAUGGUCCCCUUACCUAACAGGCCUAAUAAAUAAUGAGUCCCAUAACUAAUAAGUCCUAACCCUAAUAGACCAAAGUCCCAAUAGAUCCCAAUCCUAAGAGAGACCCCAGUCCUAUUAGGUCUCAGUCCUGAUAAGUCCUAGUACUAAUAGACCCCAUCCUAACCUAACGUUGUCAUAGGAGUGGUUCCCAUUAGGACUGGCACCCAUUAGGACUGGGCCCAUUUGACCAGUCACCAUAGCAGCAACAGGAGUAAGGUGCUGCCUCUUACUACAGGACCCGACCCUCCCCACACACUCCGGCUGUCCAUCCCACAAAUUCAUGUGAUAAAUUAAUUUGUAUAUAGAAUUGGAGAUUUACCUUGAGUGUAUUGGACAUAUUGUUUAUCAUGUUACGUGGUGAACAGAUGCUAGUUAUAUAUUUGUGUAUAUCUCAAAUACUAUUGGGCCUGUGUAGGAUGUACAUACCUGUAGACAUUUAUAUGAUGAGAGACGGAGGUGUGACUUCCACUGGUGCGCUAAUUACCUGGUCGUUGAUGUGAAAUUAUAUUUUUUGAUUAAGUAUUGUGGAUUCGAUUUUUUUUCUCAGAAAAUUAUGACCGCCAACACACAUUUUUAUACAAAGGAUGAAAGUAGUAAUUUUCUCAGUGUGUGUGACUGUAUAUAUCUACAACGACUCACUCGAGAGUGUUGUGGCUUGUCAUGCCUCACCACCUGACCAUAGUACAGUUUGGACGUUCACAAGACGUAGGUUUUAGUUUCACCCUGAGGUGAGGUUGGGUUAUAGUAGUUAAUUUAUUUCAAAACAUUUGUUGAGCUUUUACAACUUCUAGGCUGACAUGUGACCAUUAUGUGCUCCUCGGUGGCCACAACACACUGCAUGCGGGUAAUAACAGACAUGACCGUGGCACUGAGUUCCCCACCCCUCUAUAAGGUUUACCACCUCCCGUGUGAUUGCAUUUUCCGUAUUUUGUAAACAAUGGCACUACGCAGCGCGUAGUCCACCAUAAGUUCUAAACAAAUUACAGCACUUUCGAGCAAAGAGUUAGAGAGUUACGCUUUCAUUUACUGUAUAAGUUACGGUACAACCCUCAUGUACAUUGUGUGUAAUGGUGGUCCUGUUUUUCCAUUUGACAACUAGCAGAGCUGGAACUGUCUGUUUUCCUUAUAUUUUGAGGAAUUUAUGUAGCAUUAUGAAAUGUUUAUCAGCGUCUGUUAAAUGAAUAAUAUUUUUUUUCUUAUGUACUAAUAUAAUUUGAUUCCUCUCUAAGGUCCAUUAAUUUAAACUGUAACACAAAAAUAAAAUAAAGAUUAAUUUUUGAAC